AUGGCUCAACCACUCGACAAAGUCUUCACCGUGACUCACAUCAAGUCGCACAUCCCUCUAGUUCUUGAUAUGCAAAAAAUGAACUAUGAUGCUUGGCGUGAACUGUUCGAGAGCCAUUGCUACAGUUUUGGCGUCUAUGGCCAUCUCGAUGGCACAUCUACUCCGGCCAACGCAAACGAUACCAUAUGGAAGGAACGUGACGGUAUCGUUAAGAUGUGGAUCUACGGCACGAUCUCCUCGUCCCUUCUCGACACCAUCCUAAAAACUAGAAGCAGCGCCCGCGACAUCUGGCUGUCCAUCGAAAACCUCUUCCGUGACAACAAAGAGGCCCGUGCAAUCCAACUCGACAACGAACUCAGAUCUCUCACCAUUGGCGACCUCUCUGUUCACGACUACUGCCAAAAGCUCAAGACCCUUUCAGAUCUCCUCGCCAACGUCGACUCUCCCGUUACUGACCGUGUGGUUGUCAUGCACAUGUUAAAUGGCCUAUCGGAGAAGUUCGACAACAUCGUUAACAUCAUCAAACACCGCCAACCAUUCCCCUCCUUCUCUAUUGCUCGAUCCAUGCUUGUGGAGGAGGAACGUCGUCUCUCCAAACAAGUUCGCACCGGUGCGACCACCUCGGCCACUUCCUCAUCAGCAAACGUUCUCUACGCCUCCUCCCAUGUUCACAACUCUGGCUCUCGAGACAACAAUCACCGUGACGGUCACAACUCUGGUUCUCGCGACUACUCUGGCUACCGUGACAACACCAACACCAGAGGCCGCGGACGUGGACGUCGCGGCUCCGGAAGGGGACGUGGACGACAUUCAUGGCCACAAUCGUACUGGCCAUUGAACCCGCGCAACUGGCAAACACAUCAACCUUGGUUCACCGCGCCGACCCCAUAUCCGCAUUGGCCGCAACAGCACUGGAUGCCACAAUCUCCGAUGGCACACAUCUCCACCACACAUCCCGCGGCAGGAGUUCUCGGUCACUCACCUCAGUCGCCUGCUCUUCCGGCUCAACCAACGCAACUCCCCGCUGACCUAGCGGCUGCAUUUGGCACUAUGACAAUGCAAGACCCAAACGAUGCCAGUUGGUACAUGGAUACCGGCGCUACUUCGCACCUCACAUCACAACCAGGUACCCUACGUUCUAUUUCUAGUUUGAGCUCUGCCCCAUCGGUUAUUGUCGGUAAUGGAUCUUCUGUUCCUACCAAAGCAAUUGGUUACUCUUCUCUACCCUCUAAAAGUCGUCCUCUUCACCUCAAUAAUAUACUUGUGUGUCCUUCUAUUAUCAAAAAUCUUAUCUUUGUUCGUCAGUUCACUAUCGAUAAUUUUGUGACUGUCGAGUUUGACCCCUUUGGUUUUUGUGUUAAGGACUAUCCUUCCCGGCUCCCACUUCUCCGCUGUGAUAGCAGUGGUCCACUCUACUCGGUUCACUCACCACCAUCGGCCAACUCUCGUUCAUCACCACCACAAGCCAUGCUCACAACGGUGCCUAAUACUCUCUUAUGGCAUUGCCGUCUAGGACAUUUGGGAAAUACUACUCUUCAAUCUCUUAUUUCUUCUCGUUUAAUAAAUUCUUCUAAAUUUGAUAUGCCUCUUUGUCAUGCAUGUCAAUUGGGGAAACACACUAGAUUACCGUUUAAUUCAGUUAUUUCUUCUGUUUCUGAACCCUUUGAAAUUAUUCAUUCAGAUGUUUAG